AUGACGAUGAUGGCUAGAUUUUUGGACGGCCAACACAUGACAUGGAUGGAAUUGCAAUUGGAAUUUCACCUGCUGCAGUUUUCAAUCCUGUACAAUUCUUUUACCUUUUGCCUCGCGUUCGCACAGAUGAUCUCGUACCCAAAUGAAAGGCUAAGGCAUUUUGCUGUUUUGAAAAAUGAACACCACGAAGAGACAACUUUUUUUGUGGAAGAAGGCAUCUCUUUCAGACACAGUGCAGCUGCUCGCUCCUGGAGUUCAAGUCUCCGUCCAACAAGUGCUCUGACUUUGCCGUGUCGUCGUGUGGGCGGUUGCCUUCAAUUUCAAAAAGAAGUCAGCGCAGCUCACGUCACAAUCGUAAGCGUCAAAAAAUCGGUGCAACUACAGGAGCUGAUACUAGAUCGGUAUUUGCCUUUGGACACGUCGUCGCUCUCUUCCUCGAUUACCUGGAAGGACGAGAUAACGCACGCACUUCUCCUCGGUCGUAUGGACUGCUUCGUAGUGUUUGGAUUCGGUUGAUGGUCGAGACCCGUUCCUGUCGGUUGAAAAUGUAGAAGUUGCUCCUCGGAUUGACAUCAUCAACUACACGAAACCAAGUAGAUAAUCGAGCGACAAGACCAACAACCUAUACCUAGUAGCGCUAGACGUGUUACUUAGUGUCCCAAUGCCAUCAAUAUGAUGAAAGUAUUAGGAUUCUAUCGGCCUCGUCAAGUUUGAUGAAGCGCAGGAGCAUUAGCAGAACCUAUAUCCCCAACUUAACGUCACUCCCAGCUGAGUUAGUAUAGUGCUCGGACUUGCCCUUUUGCGUAUAGCGUAUUGUCUUCGUCACUCUCGCUCCUCGCUCCGCCCCUUGUCAGCAUAAAAUGAUGAAAACCCGUGUAAAUUAGCCUUACCAAUCUAUCACGACGAAGAGGAAGACGAUGCCCGUCGUUGAAGUGUCCCUGAUCGUGUUGGGUGCCGAGGUUGGCGCCGCGUUUCUGUGGCUUUCCUCCUGGUUCAAAGCGCCCGAGGUACACGGCCCAGCUUUAUCCGCGAGAGAAACGAGCCUGGCACCUUGGCAACUGGACAGAGCAGCAGCAGUCGCAAGAGACGAAGACGACGACUCCACCACAAUUGCAGAAAGUGCCAGCGCUGAAGAGGAGGACCGGUAUAGGCACGACGAGGACCUCGCUGAUCCGUUGCUGUCCUCCGCAGUUUCUGCUGUACUCCUGGUUUCGCCAUCAGCAAACGGAUGAGAGCAUGUGAAGUAGACAUGAACUCAACACAUGAGUGCAGUAGAAAAUGAGCACAGUGUCAAGAACAACUUCAACUCAAAAUCAAACGAAUCAAAAAGAAAAUUGGCGAGGAACCGGCAACUAAGGUGUCAGCAUUUCAUGAUCUGUUGCACCUGAGCGUCGUCCAGCGUCUGAAAACGCGAACGCCGAAAGCCAAAAAAAAACAAAAAGUAAACCCAUACACGACAUAAGCAAAGCUGCAUGAUGCAGACAAACAAGGUACAGGCUGCGUUUCUAACUUCAGCGUAAAUAUAAAAAC